CCCACUACCAGAACUGCACAGGAGAACGAUGGUUCAAUUUAAGAAGGGGUACGAUGAGGAUGAGACUAAGAAACAAAAGCUAGAAUUGGCGAAGAAAAUGCAGGAAGCUCUGGAAAACACGUAUUCUGAGGUUGUUGCACAGAGCCAAGAGCCCCUGACUAGAGAGCAGAAUUAUAAUGUGAGCCAUUUAGUUUGUGGACUUCCUAAAAAAGGGAGGACCAGGUGGAUGGGAGUUGGAGCUCAGAGGGUGUCUACACAAUUCCAGCCUCCGCCGAUUUCCACACCCUCGACUAUGCCAUCGGGGCCCUCUUACAUGCCGCAGGAGGAUUGUUGA